UCGUCUCCUCUUCGGCUCUUCCAGAUUGCCAUCUUCCGCGAUUCCCUUCUCUUGCAGUAGCAUCGACUCAAAUCAGAAAAACCCUCGGGCAAAGAACUGGAAUUCGAAAUACCGCUCGAAAUUCGGGAGCACGCGCGACUCGAUCGACAUCCAUGGAGAAGAAGGAGCUUCUCGGCGUCCGCAAGAGUCCGCCGCUCACCAAGAGGCGGCGCAAGGUGACGGCUGGUGGCGCCGGAGGCGGGAGCAUGGCGAAGGCCAUCGCCGCCUACCUCGCCUCCGACUCCUUCAUGUACGCGCCGCUGGUAUCCAACUCGCCGCCGCCGCCGCCGCCGCCUUCCUCGCCGCCUGCGGGAGCAGGUUCUUCCGAUAAAAUGGUAGCUUUGGUGCAAAAGUACAGAGGCUCUUGGCGAGGUACAUUUACUGCAUGCUAGAAGAAUUUGCAGACAAGUUGGAGUUCUUCCUGGAGUUGUAGCCUUUUAUCACAAGUGUUAGUUAAUUUUUGUUUUCUGCUGUAAUGCAUAGAUGUUGUACCUUAACAGUUAACUGUCUGCUAGAGUUCCUAUACCCUGUAAAAGGCUAACUGUGUUAAUGUGGGGAACUCAUUUAACUAUCAGUACCUUGUCUUGUGUGCUCUCUAAUGCAGCCACACUUUUCACAUGUCAAGUACAUUUUUCUUCUGUUUGAAUGGCAUUCUGUACUAGUGUGCUAUCACUUUCUUGACUCCGUUUCGCAGUACACUAAUACAUUGCCUGAUACAUUGUGAUGUGGUUUGAUCUUUGUAAGUUUGUAACAUUUGUAUCGUUGUAUUACCUACUUUUCA